GGAGGCUGUGAGGAGGACGGGGGAGGGAGACAGAAACUCGGGGCGCUCCUCGACACAACGAGGACCGCUGGCUUUGGUUGUUAAAGUGAAAGCUGUCAGGCUCAAAGCACCCCCCUCCGUCUCUAGGUCGGGAUUUAACGCGUCACAGAGCGGUGUUUGAUCGCUGUCGGCACCUGGGCAUUAUUUAUAACCGACGUAAAAUUGGAUGGGACGCACCGCCGCGCGCAGCAGAGACACUCCCGGAAAUAACAUGCGUACUCUCAGCCUGUCACGUAGGCUCGCGGAGGAUUUGCAUUGCUGUAUGGCUGCCCUGGGUAGAUGUCCCACGCUGUCUGAAUGUGUUUAAAAGCUGCACAGAAACAAAUACAGAGCUUUAGAGUGACUGGUGAAAUCAGAGCAGACGAAGGAGUGGGGACAUGAUACUUGCAGCGCUCCUCUCAGUAAGAGGAAACAGGGGCUCAGUUGGAAAAUGAAGCGAGGACGUGAGGUGCGUGUGCAAUCAGCAGACAACGAGAUCAAAUGGAGAGUUUGGGGCUGACUGAGCUCUUGAAGCCAAACUCUCCCCUCGGAUCCAUCGUCUUCCCAGAGGACAGAAGAAACCAGCAGACAGAGAUCCAUAGCUCGUACCGGGCAGACAUGGGUUUAAACAGUUUCUGCACAGGGCCCACCGGGACACAGACGGCUGCUGAGCUGCUUGCGGACAUGGCCUCUCAGACAAACUCCCCGGGCAUCACCAGCCCAACGAAGCAGUCCAAAAGCGGUGUCCCGCUCUACAAUGAUGGGGUGGUGUCUCCGUCAGCCACAGUGGAAGCCAGCCAGGGCGAGGUUUUGGCCCAAACGCCUCAUGGUUACCAGGCUCAGGUGAACGGGAUGGGCGCUAAGACGGCUGGAUCAGUUCACCCCUUCAACAGCAGAGGCCUCAUGGUAGAGAAUGUGGACCGAAUUACUCAGGAGAAAUUCUCUUUAGGAAUGAGGAGAAUUGGCGAGGAUUUAAAAGUCAGGCUGGCACAGCAACAGAAGAGGAGGGGUGGGGAGAACUGGGACAUGGGAUCAGAAAUCCCUAAUGGUCAUGUGGCAGGGUCACCGGGCUUAGGAGGCUCAGCAGAGCUGGCUUGCGGAGCAGAGGAUUCAGAUUUAAAACGGAGGAAGUUGUCAGACGGAAGUGUUGCCAACAAGUCAUCAGAACCCCGCAGGGUGGCCCGACCAGUCGCCCCACUUAGGGCCAAUGUCAAUAGCAGUUGCUCUUAUAACCAUCCAAACAAUGACCCUGAUAAUGCCAACCUGCAUAACGGACACUACGCUGCACCCUCAGACCCUCCAGCUGUCCGCAGCCUGCCGUCCAUUCCAGCUCUGCUGCCUCCUUCGGGCACUGGCUGGUCGUCUGAGCGCGUCGCCAAGCAGUAUAUCAUCCCCUGCAUGAAGCACUACGGUAUUUGUGUGAAGGACAACUUUCUAGGGACGCAGCUGGGCGACAGGGUCUUGGGCGAGGUAGAGGUCCUGAACCAGAGUGGGAAGUUUCGAGGCGGCCAGCUGGUGAGCCAGAAGAGCAUUCCCUCCCGGAGCAUCCGGGGGGACCAAAUCGCCUGGGUGAAGGGGAACGAGCCCGGAUGCCACAACAUUGGGACACUGAUGGCUUACAUCGACGAGGCCGUCAUGUACAGCGCUGCCAAUGGACAGUUAGGGAACUGUAUCAUCAACGGGCGCACUAAGGCCAUGGUUGCGUGUUACCCAGGGAAUGGUGCUGGGUAUGUCCGCCAUGUUGAUAACCCCAAUGGAGAUGGACGCUGCAUCACAUGCAUUUACUAUCUUAACAAGAACUGGGAUGUCAAGACACAUGGCGGUUUGCUGCAGAUUUACCCUGAAGGCAAAAACGUUGUGGCCAACAUCGAGCCUCUGUUCGACAGGUUGCUCAUCUUCUGGUCUGAUCGCAGAAACCCACAUGAAGUCAAGCCAUCUUUCGCCACUCGUUAUGCUAUCACAGUCUGGUACUUUGAUGCCAAAGAGAGGUUGGAGGCUAGAGAAAAGUACAAACUGGCUGCAGGUCAGAAGGGCAUUCAAGUGCCUGUCACUCAAAACAGCAGGUCAUAAAACAACAAGUGUCCAGAGAGCACCCUCAAACUAUCAUGUGCCUUACUGUACUGCUAACGGACGCCGUCAUCGCAGAGGCAGGCGGGGUGAAACCGCCUGCCGCCGCUGCAGCUACACAAAGCUUUUUCCCGACGAGCAUCCAGCUGCUGGAUUCACACGGCGAGCUGCAGCAUAAUGAUCGGGCUGCUGAACGAACACCUGCUAGAAAUAACAAGAGCCCAGCGGACUGGCAAAGAAGCCACUAGUGGGAUCUAAAUCUUCAAUUGUGAGAGGGAAAAAAAAAGACCCACUAAAAAAAAAAAAAUGAGCGACUUAUUUUGUUGCAGUUC